CAGGAUUCCCAGCACACACCACACUCCAUGACCCCAUCGACCGCCACAGUUCCCAGGUCUUCCACCCCUUCCCAUGGCCAAGCUACUGCCCCAGAGCCCACACCUGCUCAGAAGACUCCAGCCAAAGUGGUGUAUGUGUUUUCUACUGAGAUGGCCAAUAAAGCUGCCGAAGCCGUGUUGAAGGGCCAGGUUGAGACCAUCGUCUCUUUCCACAUCCAGAACAUCUCCAGCAGCAAGGCGGACAGAAGCACAGCCCCUCUGAAUACACAGAUAUCUGCCCUUCGCAAUGAUCCGAAACCUCUCCCACAACAACCCCCAGCUCCAGCCAACCAGGACCAGAAUUCUUCCCAGAACACCAGACUGCAGCCAACUCCACCCAUUCCGGCACCAGCACCCAAGCCUGUGGCACCCCCACGUCCCCUGGACCACGACAGUCCUGGGGUGGAGAAUAAACUGAUUGCUCCUGUGGGCAGUCCUGCCAGUUCCACUCCGUUGCCCCCGGACGGCCCCGGGCCAAACUCAACGCCCAACAAUCGAGCAGUUACCCCUGUCUCCCAGGGGAGCAGUAGCUCUUCGGCAGAUCCCAAAGCCCCUCCACCCCCAUCAGUGUCCAGUGGCGAGCCCCCCACACUGGGAGAAAACCCCGACGGCCUGUCUCAGGAGCAGCUGGAUCACCGUGAGCGCUCCUUGCAGACCCUCAGAGACAUCCAGCGUAUGCUCUUCCCUGAUGAGAAAGAAUUCUCAGGAGGACAGAGUGGGGGGCCCCAGCAGAAUCCUGGGGUAUUAGAUGGACCUCAGAAAAAAACAGAAGGGCCAAUCCAGGCCAUGAUGGCUCAGUCCCAAAGCCUGGGUAAGGGUCCUGGGCCCCGGACAGAUGUGGGAGCUCCCUUUGGCCCUCAAGGACAUAGAGAUGUACCCUUUUCUCCAGAUGAAAUGGUUCCACCUUCUGUGAACUCCCAGUCUGGGCCCAUCGGGCCUGACCACCUGGAGCACAUGACCCCUGAGCAGAUGGCGUGGCUGAAGCUGCAGCAGGAGUUCUACGAGGAGAAGAGGAGGAAGCAGGAGCAAGUGGUGGUGCAGCAGUGCUCCCUGCAGGACGUGCUGGUCCACCCGCACGGGCCCAGGGCUGUGGGCCGAGGGCCGCUCCCUCCCUACCAGGUGACCCCUGGUGAAGGCUGGGCACCCGGGGCUGCAGAGCCGUUCUCUGAUGGAAUCAGCAUUUCGCAUUCUCUGCCCCCCAGGGGCAUGGCUCCCCAUCCCAACAUGCCAGGGAGCCAGAUGCGCCUCCCGGGAUUUGCAGGAAUGAUAAACUCUGAAAUGGAGGGGCCAAACGUGCCCAACCCUGCGUCUAGACCAGGCCUCUCUGGAGUCAGUUGGCCAGACGAUGUGCCAAAAAUCCCAGAUGGUCGAAACUUCCCUCCCGGCCAAGGUGUCUUCAGCGGUCCUGGCCGAGGGGAGCGCUUCCCAAACCCCCAAGGAUUGUCUGAAGAGAUGUUUCAGCAGCAGCUGGCAGAGAAGCAGCUGGGUCUCCCCCCAGGGAUGGGCAUGGAAGGCAUCAGGCCCAGCAUGGAGGUGAACAGGGUGAUCCCAGGCUCCCAGCGCCACAUGGAGCCCGGGAACAAUCCCAUCUUCCCGCGGAUACCAGUCGAGGGCCCGCUGAGUCCUUCCAGGGGCGACUUUCCAAAAGGAAUGCCUCCACAGAUAGGCCCUGGUCGGGAACUUGAGUUUGGGAUGGUUCCUGGUGGGAUGAAGGGAGACGUGCAUCUGAAUGUCAGCGUGGGACCCAGCCCUCAGAUGAUACCUCAGAAGAUGAGAGAGGCUGGCGCGGGCCCUGAGGAGUCGAUGAAGUCCCGCCCAGGCGGCUCAGACAUGCUGCCUGCCCAGCAGAAGAUGGUUCCCCUGCCAUUUGGUGAGCACCCUCAGCAGGAGUAUGGCAUGGGCCCCAGGCCAUUCCUUCCCAUGUCUCAGGGUCCAGGCAGCGGCAGUGGCUUGCGGAAUCUCAGAGAAUCAAUUGGGCCCGACCAAAGGACUAACAGCCGGCUCAGUCAUAUGCCACCACUACCUCUCAACCCCUCGAGUAACCCCACCAACCUCAACCCAGCUCCCCCCGUCCAGCGUGGCCUGGGACGCAAGCCCCUGGAAUCUGUGGCAGCCAGCCAGGUGCAUUCCCCAGGCAUCAACCCUCUGAAGUCUCCCACGAUGCACCAAGUCCAGUCCCCGAUGCUGGGCUCACCCUCGGGGAACCUCAAGUCCCCCCAGACUCCGUCGCAGCUGGCAGGCAUGCUGGCAGGCCCAGCUGCUGCUGCUUCCAUUAAGUCCCCCCCUGUUUUGGGGUCUGCUGCUGCUUCGCCUGUUCACCUCAAGUCUCCAUCACUUCCUGCCCCGUCACCUGGAUGGACCUCCUCUCCCAAACCUCCCCUUCAGAGUCCUGGGAUUCCUCCAAACCAUAAAGCUCCCCUCACCAUGGCCUCCCCAGCCAUGCUGGGAAGUGUAGAGUCAGGUGGCCCUCCACCGCCUACAGCCAGCCAGCCUGCCUCCGUGAAUAUCCCUGGAAGUCUUCCCUCGAGCACAUCUUACACUAUGCCUCCAGAGCCAACCCUCUCCCAGAACCCUCUCUCAAUUAUGAUGUCUCGAAUGUCCAAGUUCGCAAUGCCCAGUUCGACCCCAUUGUACCAUGAUGCCAUCAAGACUGUGGCCAGCUCUGAUGACGACUCCCCUCCAGCCCGUUCUCCCAACCUGCCGUCAAUGAACAACAUGCCAGGAAUGGGCAUUAAUACACAGAAUCCUCGAAUUUCAGGUCCAAACCCCGUGGUUCCGAUGCCAACCCUCAGCCCAAUGGGAAUGACCCAGCCACUUUCUCACUCCAAUCAGAUGCCCUCACCGAAUGCUAUGGGACCCAACAUACCUCCUCAUGGGGUCCCAAUGGGGCCUGGCUUGAUGUCACACAACCCUAUCAUGGGGCAUGGGUCCCAGGAGCCUCCGAUGGUACCUCAAGGACGGAUGGGUUUCCCCCAGGGCUUCCCUCCAGUACAGUCUCCUCCACAGCAAGUCCCGUUCCCUCACAAUGGCCCCAGUGGAGGACAAGGCAAUUUCCCAGGAGGGAUGGGUUUCCCAGGAGAUGGCCCCCUUGGCCGCCCCAGCAACCUGCCCCCAAGUUCAGCAGAUGCAGCACUUUGCAAACCCGGAGGCCCAGGGGGUCCCGACUCCUUCACUGUCUUGGGGAACAGCCUGCCUUCGGUGUUUACAGACCCAGAUCUGCAGGAGGUCAUCCGACCUGGAGCCACCGGAAUUCCUGAGUUUGACCUAUCCCGCAUUAUUCCAUCUGAGAAACCUAGCCAGACUCUGCAGUAUUUCCCUCGAGGGGAAGUCCCAGGCCGUAAACAGCCCCAGGGGCCUGGACCUGGUUUUUCGCACAUGCAGGGGAUGAUGGGUGAUCAAGCCCCCAGAAUGGGACUAGCAUUACCUGGCAUGGGAGGUCCAGGGCCAGUGGGAACUCCGGACAUCCCUCUUGGUACGGCUCCAUCCAUGCCAGGCCACAACCCAAUGAGACCACCAGCCUUUCUCCAGCAAGGCAUGAUGGGACCUCACCAUCGGAUGAUGUCACCAGCACAAUCUACAAUGCCCGGCCAGCCCACCCUGAUGAGCAAUCCAGCUGCUGCCGUGGGCAUGAUUCCUGGCAAGGAUCGGGGGCCUGCUGGGCUGUACACACACCCCGGGCCUGUGGGCUCCCCGGGAAUGAUGAUGUCCAUGCAGGGCAUGAUGGGACCCCAACAGAACAUCAUGAUCCCCCCCCAGAUGAGGCCCCGGGGCAUGGCUGCUGACGUGGGCAUGGGUGGAUUCAGCCAAGGACCUGGCAACCCAGGAAACAUGAUGUUUUAAGCUGCUAAGAUUGGAUGUGCCGAUGCUUGUCGAGAUGAGAUUCCAGGUCCUGAGAGCUGCUCGGAGGGAGCACCAGGAGUGCUGAUGUUGGUCAUGCAAUAGGGGGACAGAGACCCGAGGGCUGCUUUGGGGGAGGGAACUCGAGAAUGUAUGGAUCUAUCUGAAAACAAAUUAUUCGUUUAAUCAACAGGUGUGUUUUUUUUAAGAUUUAUUUUUUAAAAAUUAUUUUUGUGGACUUGGGUAUCCCAUGAUGGCACCUACUUUUGGGAAUCUGUAGCCAUGCUUUGAGAAUCGCCAUCGGUCACGUGUUGCACCGUUCUCUGUAUGUUUACGUCCUUUGGACUGGCUUCUCCCAGGAUUCUUUUAUGUUUUGUUUUUGUUUUUGUUUUUUAAAUUUGGGCUUUAUUUUUUUGUGUGUACUGUACUAUAUUGUAAAAGGGAUUUUAGCAGAGACGUUAGUCUUUGGGGCAAGAGGAGAACAGGAAUGCUGGGCUGUUUACUUUAGGUGGAGAAUCCAUCUUCAGACUUUGGACUAUUUUCUUUCAACUCCAGUGUAUAGAAAAACCAAACUACGACCUCAGAGCAGAGUAUUAAUGAAAAGCACAAAAAAGGAACUAAGUUCAGCGAGGGGUGGGGGGAGGGGGGAAAUUUUUCUUUUUAAAAAUAAUGAAGCUUAGGACAUUUGUUUCAGUUCGCGUGCUCGUCAGCACUGUCUGUCUCUCCCAGUACACAAACCCACCAUCAGGUCUUCUCUGUUUCCCCCACGCUUCCCGUCUUAGCUAAGUGUGUUCUCCUCCCUCGGGCCCUCCUCUCCUCUCCCCUGUGGCAGCUGCAAUACCUGGUGUUCUGCUGGGGACUGCUCCAGCGAAGCCCUGUUCCUGCCGGCUGUCCUCCUGGCCCCGCAGGGGAGCUCUGUCCUGGGAGGGCCCUUGGCCCUCUCCCUUGGCCUUCCCACCCCCAGCCCACUCCCCCUGCCCACCUCAUUUUCUGUUCUCUUUUUAUUAGGAAUUCCCAAGUGAAUUUUAUUAAUGUGGGAGUGGAACAGAUGCUAAAAGCUACCCAGGAUUUUGUUUUUGUUUUAGAUUUUGUGGUUCCUUCCCCUUCCUCCCCUCCCAUGCGUAAAACGUUCUGUGUGACCUCCAUUAAAUUUGGUACAAAACCACUCACCAGAGCUGUGGUGUCAGAAAAAUAAACUAUAUUG